AAAUCAUACGCGCAAAGUGAACUGCCGUCUAUUAGUUGGGUUCUCGUUCAAGGUACGGUCAACGCUCUUCUGCAGUCACAUACUCAGAGCAGAGAGAGAAUUAUGGCAAAAAAUUAUAUAAGGUGUUUUUCUAAAAUUUCUAUAUGUUGGGCUUUUAAAAGUAGAUUAUAUUUUCGUAUAUAAAUCACCGACAAUUAAGUUAUAGACACAGUUCAAACCGACUAGCAAACGUAAUCAACAUGAAUCCGCUGAAGAUUUUCUGCUUUAUGGCUUUAGUAUUAACCGCCGUUAAUGCUUCACCCAAGCAGGGCAAAAACAAGGAUAACACGAUUAGCUUAAAACCCACCGAUUGGUUAUCGGCCUCUGAAUUAGAAUCGAUGCCAUCAGUCGAGGAUAUCACAUUGCAACAGUUGGAGAACAUGUCAAUGGAAGAUGCCGAGCGAAAGAUUGAGAAGCUGUAUCAUUUGUCGCAAAUUAAUCAGGCUCUAGAACCGUCAUUUGUUCCAAGCCCCAAUAAUGUACCGGUUAUCUUGAUGAAACCCAAUGGACAGCCCGAGCGCACCAAUCUCAAUGAACUAGUCCAGACUGCCAAGCAACAACCCAACUUUGGCGAUGAGGAAGUCACCAUUUUCAUCACUGGUUUGCCACAGUCGAGCCCUUCUGUUGCAAAGGCGAACAAAAAGUUAAUCCAGGCUUACAUGCAACGCUAUAACGGACAGCGUCAACCAAUCAGCAAUAACCAGGACUAUGACUACGGCAACAAUAAGGACAAUCAAGGUGCCACUUCAAGUGAAGAGGACUAUAGUGAAUCGUGGAAAAACCCGAAACCCACAAAGGGCAACCUUGUCAUCAUCAGCUUGGGUUCCACACUCACCAACAUGAAGCGUUUGGCUCUUAUUGAUGUGGAACAAACCGGUAACAUGAUCGGUAAAGCUCUCGUCGAACUGACCAACGAAUGUGAUGUACCUCAAGAGAUCAUUCAUAUUGUUGGACAAGGUGUUGGCGCACAAGUUGCCGGUGCCGCUGGACGUCAAUACAAACGUUUGACAGGUCAUCAACUCCGUCGCAUCACCGCUUUGGACCCUGCCAAGAUGUUCGCUAAGGAAAAGGAUUUAUUAUCCGGCUUGGCCCGUGGUGAUGCUGAUUUCGUUGAUGCCAUUCAUACUUCGACUUGUGGAAUGGGUACACGCCAACGCGUGGGUGAUGUCGACUUCUACGUCAACGGUCCAGCCUCUACUGCUCCAGGCGCUACCAAUGUAAUUGAAGCAACCAUGCGUGCAACUCGUUACUUCGCCGAAUCUGUACGCCCAGGUAAUGAACGUAACUUCCCUGCUGUCGCCGCCAACUCUAUGGACCAAUACGAAAAUAAUGAUGGCUCUGGCAAACGCGCUUACAUGGGUAUCUCUACCGAUUUCGAUUUGGAGGGUGAUUAUAUUCUGACGGUGAAUCCAAAGAGUCCUUUCGGCAAGAGUGCUCCUGCCCAAAAGCAAAGCACAUAUCAUGGCCAACACCAGUCGUGGAAAAGUGACAAAAACCAGAAGUAGGAUUAAUAAGCUAAAAUCCUUAGUCGGCCUCUGCGAGAUUAUCGAAAAUUAGAACCACGACUAAUUGUGUUACUACUCAAUUUGUGUACCUUAUUGAAUUUCUGUACAUAUAAAAUAAAAUCAGCAAAAAUUUAAA